CAGUUCGUGACUACCAACCAAACGAAGAUGCAGUACAAUCAGCAGCCGGCGGGAGCGCCGGGCUAUCCCCACCAGAUGCCCCCACCGAGCUAUGAGCAGGUGGUGCACGUGCAGGCGCCAGUUCGGGUGGUUCACCACACGACAGCACCUCCGCCCGUGGUGAUCAUACAACAUCAAGCUGUAUUGCCGGUGGGUCCGGAUCCCACCUUCAUCACCUGCCCGCAUUGCCAUGUCCAGAAACUGACCCGCGUGGAGUACUCGCCCAGUGUGAAAACUCACUGCAUGGCCGCCAUUCUAUGCAUCGUUGGCCUCUGGUGUUGUGCCUGCCUGCCUUACUGCGCCACCAGCUGCAUGAACGCCAAUCACUUUUGCGGCAAUUGCAAUAAGUUCGUCGGCGUCUACAACAGCGAUUAGUAAUACGGAGUAAACAAAACCAAACGAACCCAACCAAAUCGAACCGAUCAACGCUCACAACCUCAACACACCCACACACAAAAUCAUCCACGAAUGCGAACAUUUUUGGUCAGGUGUCCACAGACCGACAGCUGUACGAUGAAAUUUCCCCAAUGGGGUAAACAAUCGGGCCGCCAAGCUUUUGGCUUUACUUGAUAAGAAUACGCGAUACGCGAGACACAUUUUUUUUUCCAACGGCGCUCCCUUGAGUCAUUUUCCAGCGAUUCACACACCCAGUUGGGCCAAAAUAUCAUGGAUUCCGUCUAUCCAGCUGCACCCUUGGAGGCGCCCAAGGGAUCCGUCGAGCUGCAGGCGACACCCGAGCAACAACACCUUCUGCCACCGGCUCCACCCAGUUACGACCAGGCCACAACCACUCCGGCUGAAACCACGGGACCAGCUCCAGUUCCAGCGAGCACAUCCACCACACAGCACACGGUCGUCGUGGUGCCCGGUUCACCGUACGGCCCGGAGCCCAUGGACGUGCAGUGCCCGUACUGCCACAAUUACGCCCGGACACGGGUCUCCUUCAAGCCCAACUCGCGCACCCAUCUGAUAGCCUUGAUAUUAUGCCUGUUCCAGUUGUACUGCUGUGUGUGUCUGCCGUACUGCAUUUCCAGUUGCAUGAACACCAAUCACUACUGUGGCAUGUGCGAUCGUUAUUUGGGCACCUACGAUCGCAAAUGAGCAACCAAAAAUGUUUCGGGGGCGACCUGUUCAUGUGUACAUAUUUUCUUCAAGUAAUUAGUUAAUAAAUGGACUGCAGCACGCAAACUGAACU